AUGCCACGCCAGAAGAAGGUCACCGCACAGGCUGAAGAGCAAUCAGUCAAAGUAAAGAAACUCGUUGUUGAGCCCUUUGUUGGCUAUCAACAGCCAGAAUUCCUCACUGAAGAAAGGGCUGAAAGGGUUGCAGCUCCAUCCGAAGUUGCUGAUGAGCUCGAGUAUGAGGAAUUGGUGCAUGAAUCCGGUCAAACUGAAGACAUUGACGAGUCCAACUUCAACAUGUUCAUCGAGAAAAGGCGAAAGGAGCUUAAGGAUUUCAAGAUUCAGCAUCCAAAGGAGCUCACACUGACCGUUGCGAAAAUCAACAAGCUGUCACCAGAGGAAGUUCUUUCGCAGUAUGAGUUCAUCAAGCGCUCGCGAGCUCUCACAUUUUCCAGCACACUCGUUGACAUGUCAUACAAGGGUGUUGCCAAGUUUGCCAACCAGAUGUACGAGCCACUAAACCCCACAAAGUUUGAGCAGAAUCUCAAGGACGACAUCCGGCUGAAAGAGAUCAUCGGCCCGUACUUCAACAGUUUCGCUGAUUUGCCAGAUCCAGUACAAGCUGCAGUGCUAAUUGGUACACAUUUUGUGAACAGCUUGGACAGUCCUGAUGAAGUUGCGGCUCGUCAGUUUCGCGCAGCUGAUUAA